AUAAUAGAGUAUUUUUCAUUUCGUUUUCUAUGUUUUUGACGGAUCUUUGUUAUUGAAAAUAUAUUUGCUUUUUCUCAUUUAAAGAGAUCCAGAUCAUACAGAUUUGUGAGAAUCAUAAGAGGCUUUUGGGUCUAGUUACCAAACUAAAUAUAUAUACAUAUAUAUUUUUACCAAACGUGCAUAAUUGUGUUUUAUAUAACCUGUUACAAUUUUUCAAUACUAUUUCUUUCUCUAUAGGUUCAAAUCAUGGCUCAGGCACCAAAAGCUACAGGAAGCUUGGCCAGCAGAUUUUUCAACAAUCUGAAAAGCAAAGAAUUUCGGGACUAUCUUAUGAGUACACACUUUUGGGGACCAGUCGCUAACUGGGGGAUACCGAUUGCAGCCAUUGCUGAUUUCAAAAAAGAUCCUAAGUUCAUUAGUCCUACGAUGACUGUGGCCCUGACACUCUACUCGGCGAUUUUCAUGAGAUUCGCCUGGAAGGUGCAACCAAGAAACAUGUUGCUGUUUGCAUGUCAUGCCACAAAUUUUAGUGCUCAGAAUGUCCAAGGCGUCAGAUGCAUCAAAUAUACACUUUCGAAAAAAUUAUCUGACCAAUAAACAUGUUAAACUUUCUAAAUAUGUUUGAAUAAAAUGUUCUUGUUAAAUCAAUGAUUAUUACAUUGAA